AUGCGACCGAGUUGGAAAUCCCAAGUGGAGUGGUCCCCGGCCGCAACCUCGCCGCUGCGAAGUUCACAGUCAAGUAACCACGCCGCGCGAAUUUCUUUCGGAUGGCGUGCUUAAACUAUAGCAAAUCAUAGCAUUCUCCCGCGAACGGCAAGCUUCGGCGGACGAAUCCAAGGUGUGAAGUGACCGCUAGAGCCGGUGUGACCGCGCGAUCCACGUCCUCACGCCGACCUUGUCUUCGAUCACUCUCACUCAGAGUUCAUCGACAUGGCUUCGAUGCGCAACGUUAUCAAAGGUGUGAGCUUCAAGCUUAAGUGGCAAACGUUAGCCUCCGGACGUCGUUCGCUGUCCACAACGCGUGCGCUAGGCGCUCAGCUCACCGUCCGGGAUGCCCUCAACUCGGCCAUGGACGAGGAGAUGGAGCGCGAUGAGCGGGUUUUCCUGAUCGGCGAAGAAGUGGCCCAGUACGACGGUGCCUACAAGGUGAGCCGAGGCCUUUGGAAGAAGUACGGCGACAAACGCGUCAUCGACACGCCCAUCACGGAGAUGGGCUUCGCCGGCAUCGCAGUCGGCGCCGCUUUCGCCGGCCUCAGGCCGAUCUGCGAGUUCAUGACGUUCAACUUCGCCAUGCAAGCCAUCGAUCAGGUGAUAAACUCGGCCGGCAAGACCUUCUACAUGUCGGCCGGUCACAUCGCGGUGCCCAUCGUGUUUCGAGGACCCAACGGCAACGCAGCCGGCGUAGCCGCCCAGCAUUCACAGUGCUUCGCUGCUUGGUACGGUCACUGCCCCGGCCUCAAAGUCAUCUCGCCCUACAGCGCGGAGGAUUGCAAGGGUCUGCUCAAGUCGGCCAUCCGAGACCCCGAUCCCGUCGUCUUCCUCGAGAACGAGCUCAUGUACGGCCACGCGUUUGAGGUGUCCGACGAGGUGAAGAGCAAGGACUUUCUCGUGCCCAUCGGCAAAGCCAAGAUCGAGAGGCCCGGUCAGCACGUUACCCUAGUGUCGCACUCCAAGGCGGUAGGCGUGUGUCUGGACGCCGCCAAGCAGCUGGCGACCCAAGGCGUCGAGUGCGAGGUGAUCAACCUUCGUAGCAUCCGGCCUCUCGACGAGGAGGCUAUCCAGCAGUCAGUCAUGAAGACCAACCGGCUGAUUACGGUCGAGAACGGCUGGCCCCACUUCGGCGUCGGAGCAGAAAUCUGCGCCAGCAUCGUCGAGAGUCCCGCGUUCGACUACCUCGACGCCCCUGUCAUUCGUGUGACGGGCGCGGACGUACCGAUGCCCUACGCAGCCACGCUCGAGCAAGAGGCAGUGCCCACAGAAGCUCACGUCGUGCUAGCCGUCAAGAAGUUGCUGAACAUGCAGUGAAGUGACUACGAAGCUAGAGAUCCCACACACGUCCUUGUUCGAAGUUAAGGCAGCCGGCCCUGAAGCUUUGGUUUUCGCACUUUGUUAAUGCAGCCAGCUUUUCUAUUUUUUUUUCCCCUCGUUUUUUAGAUAGGUCUGAUUUUCAGUGUUAUGGCUUCAGAGCAAAGUGUAGCCUCUUAAUCUGCAGCAUGUGCAGAAUCGUGUGCUGUAACUGCACGAGGUCACCACCAGACCCUUCAAGUGAUCCGUGCCAUGAGUGGCCCUUGCUGCGUUUCUUUCAAAGUUCAAGCUGUGCCAUUAUAGCCUCAUCCAUUGCUGCAAGUGCAGUGAUGUCUCACGAGAUUUGUGGGUUUCACCUGUAUGCUCCUUUGUGACACACUAACAUGUGCACAAUGUGUAACACAGCCAAAUGAGGGAGCAAAGAAAAAGUACUUAGUAAGCGCUCCAAUCAAGAGGAACUCAGCAGACCGAUUCAGUCUUGUCGGAAGUCCACUUGCUUCCUAUUAAAGAUUUAUUGGUCGUAACUGUCUCUCACUGGAUUAUCAACAGAACUCGUGGAUUCUGUUAGUAUUUUUUGACUGUGAAAAAACUAGCAAAUUAUAUUGAUUGUGAGAAACAUGUCGACAAUGAGAUCUCGAGUGUGGUCAAAGUGAGCACAGCUGUACUGCUAUGUGUAUUCAUUUUAGCUUACAACUUCAAAGCCAGGAAGGUGAUCGUGAAACUGAGAUUUACAGGCUGUUGUGUGUGCAGGCUUUGUUCAGGUGCUUGAUAUUUCUGCAAAGGGUGGUCAUGUCAGAUUUAAAAUCUGAAUAAGUGAUAAUGAAACAGUCCUAUUUAUAUUGAUCUCGGACCUGGUCAACAUGUUGCACAAUAUGGCCACUAUAAAUAUAAGGCAUAUCGCAGCAUUUUUUAUAAGGAUAGGCUUUGUCGUUAAAUCUGUGUAGAGUUUGUUUACUUGAACUUACUCUGUUGUAUGUCCUGCUUGCACAAGUUGCUAGUUGACAUUCACUAUUCCAUGAUCUUCAAAGUGUUUUCAAGCUGGUCUUGAACCAGUGUUUUUGUGACGCCUGAAACUUUAAUUACAGCUAAAUUGGAAAGACAAUCGCAGAACACUGUGAUAUCAGAUAUUAUCACCGCACACAAAAAACGUGGACACAAAAUUUGACUUCAUGAUCUCCCAACAUCUGUACUUGGGAGAAACAGUGAUGUCAUGCACACCCUUCCCCGACAUUGUAGCUGGGCAUGGUGACCAACAAAGCUUUUAAAAUGAAGGAAAACAUGAGCCUGACUUGCAAAAUGAGAAAUGAGGCUGUGUUAUUUCUGAGUUGCUGCCAUAUCUGCAACAUCUCCACUCUCAAGUUCGUUUGCUCUGAAGCCUCAGACUCAGGAUUUGAAGCAUUUUGCAAAUUAGUGUACGCAUAAAACGGUGCCCUUUUCUGUUUAUAAAUUAAAAAUGUUCAACAGUAA